CACCUUUGCAUCCCUCCAACUUGCUAUACAAGGACCCAUAACUUUGAUUGGACCCAUCCCCGUUUGUCGCUUGUCGUUUGUCCAUUAAUUAUUAUCCAACCCCCAAUUUAACAUAACAUAAGGUCUAUGCUCGUGUCGAUGUCAACGUCGAUGUUAACAUCGAUGUCUCUACUAUAGAACUCAAUUAUGGUAUGGUAAUUUCGUGUUCGCGAAGAUAGCGCCGCUAUGCCUCUCAAAAAAUCAUUCUCAGAGCCCAAUGGCCCUCCUGGGAGACUUCAGACUCGCCAGCAUUGGAACAAAGCCAGAAGCCAUUCAGCUGUAAACCAUUCAACAACGACUCGGAACCCAAUUCCUAAGACGCUUCAGCCCAUCUCCGAAGUCUCGAAAAACAAGCUUAACGCUUUUAAGUGCCAAGAUACCACCAAGAGCAAUGAUCACGAUACCACCACGUCCGACCUACCUAUCAUUAAUAUCGAUGCACCGCCCAGCGACGCUGCUCCCUCGAGGGACGGAUUGAGGGGAAAGCGAAACAGAAAACAAGAUUUGGAGACAACUCCAUCAUUACCCGCGUCCAAGGAUAGUUUGACCACACCCAUGAGCCGACUCGCGUGGCAGGAUCUCAUUGGGACGAUCGAGUCAAAAGAAGUGGAAGAGGAUACUAGUCCCAAUGAAAGGAUCAGCUGGGACAUAAGAGAUGACCCGCAGCAGAGACUAAAACUAUCACCAGUCAUGCCCGGUAAGAGGGGAAAGAAAAGAGCACGGAGUUCGUCGCCCGUAUCGUCGCCUGCCUCCCACUCGAAACCUCACACCCCGUCCGUAAAUAUAGGGAAGUUGUCACGAGCCCUCAAAUCGCCACACGCCGACCCUGCACUAGAGCUAUGGGAUCGCUUCUCCUUAAAUGGUUCUAAAUCGAUCACGCCCCUCGGCGCCAUGAAUUCUGCCCUUGCUCAAAUCAUGGUCUCAUCCUCGCCUCGACCGUCGAGGAUCGAAAGUAGCCUGCGAAGGUCUAUCAGCUGUGGAGAGAAUUGGCCAAAACGUCGGAAGGUCGAACGGGCAGAUGUAGCGGAACCAAUGGAAAUCGCCGCUGAGGAAAGCCCAAGUGGCCAUUCGAAAUUGUCCAUGCUAAAUGCCUUGUUGAAGAAGGGAACGAGGGAGAUCGACAGAUCAAAGGUCGUCCAAGCCCGUCAAGAUGCGUUAAGAUCGCCUUCACCCAAGAAGAAUAGUUCUCAGCCGAUUUCGGAAGCCAAUGGCUCACCUACCCGACGAAUAUCUUCGAAGCUUCCUACUCCAUCAUUGGUCAAAGAGAAUGCGCCAGCGGCAAUGAAGUCAAGCCUAGACACAUUGAUAGAUGAACUAUCCGAUUAUGGCGACGAUGACUUCGACGAGGACACGCUUAUGGAGCUUGAUGCUAGUCUGGGACAACCGAAGGAAGAGAAUGCGGAAGACGAUUUAAUAAUACUGCCAGCAGAUACCGGGCAGAAUCUAGAGCGCCAGCAACCUAACCAAGAAACUUUGUACGACGAUGAGUUUGCAGAUAUGGACGACGACGUAUUUACUGCCGCAGAAGACUUGAUAACACAAAUAGAUUCGAGUCGUUCUUCGAAGGGCAAGCCCGAGACGCCGUGUCAACCCGCUGUUGCCGCACAGGAGAAACAAACCACCAUUGUUGAUGACCUUGGUGGGGAUGUAUUCGAGGAUGAUUUUGGGGGCGACUUCGAUUUUGAUGCUGCUGAAAUAGCUGCUACACAAUCCGCCUCUUCUAAGCAGGUUAAUGGAUCAUUACCUCCCGUACGUAGGUGGUGACAAGAAGGGAUUGAACCCGGUUACUAAGAAUAUUCGUAGGUAGUGGACAAACCCAAGACAAUUCAAAGAUAUCUUGUGACUAAGGUGCUUCAAAGCCAAUACGUCGACGACAAUGGAAGAGAAUCGAUGGAGAAGAUUCUUUUUGUUCAACUUGAUCGAAGCAAUAUCGUAAAGGCUGUCCACCUUCGAGGUGACUGGGUGGACACUUCGGCAAGCCCUA